AUGGCUCCAAGAACUAACAUCAACCAGAACGCACGUACCAAUGGAUCAACAUCUAGGCCAUUGAUCAACGCAGUCAACACUGGGCGUAUAGAAUCGUCAAAUCCAAUGAUUGCUCCUAGACCAGAAAAUAUGUCAAUUCCAGUGUCAGAGUUUAAUGAUGUAGUCAGUCUUCUCGCUACACUCAAUAACAAAAUGACAGCCGUUAGUUCCGAUGUUAGUGAAUUGAAAGUACAAUGCCAGGUGGGUGCUCAAUCGACUGGCAUGCAAGCCGUUCUGGAUUCUGAUAUGGAUCCUCAGGACAUCAUAAGCAGCGCAAGACACCCAAAGAUCUCAAGUAUUAUUCGGGGGCGGUUAAGAGAUAUUAAUCUUAAGACAGAUGAUUUGGAGUUGAUCAGAGAGAAUGAUGAUAAACCAACUUGGGAUGUCAAUGUUGGUUUGUCUGACGAGUUUAACAAGAAUCUUGCAAGUGAUUUGAUGCUUUACAUUCGUCGUCAACCUGUAGCAGCUAUGGUACCACCAAAAGAGCUAUGUGGUAUAAUUGUAAACAGCUAUUACAAUCGCUUGGCUGCUAGUAAGCUUACUGAAGAAGACAGACAGACAAACACUACCUCAAACAGAAGAGGAAAUAGAAAGACUGCUGAUGCUGUCACUGAAAAGUUUAAUCGGGAUUAUAAUGGCGUUUUUUACAGAGAUGCAAUGUCUGGUGAUGAGACAGAAACCGAUACUUCUGUUGUUGCAUCUCGUCCUGAUUGGCGUAGUGAUGAGUUGAAUACUGUGUUUGACUUUCUUGAUGAGCUCGCCAGAGAUGACUUGGGAAAAAGAGCAACGCAGUUGAAGUCGCGGAGUCAUGUGUUAGUACACGAGACAAUUCCUCGUGGCUUGGUCACAAAAAUGCCUACGUGGUCAAAACGCGUAUAA